UGAGGUCUCUGGGGAAGGCAGAGCUGUGGUCUAGAAGAAGAUGAGACUGUUGGGUCUUCUCCUUUGCCUGGUGCUGGCUCCCCAAGGUGUCCUGUCCCAGGUGCAGCUGCAGGAGUGGGGCCCAGGACUGGUGAAGCCCUCGAAGACCCUCUCCCUCACCUACACUGUCUCUGGAUUCUCCAUCACAAGCAGCAGUGAUGCUUGGAGCUGGAUCCGGCAGCCCCCAGGGAAAGGGCUGGACUGGAUUGGGUGCAUAUAUUCUACUGGUAGCACCUACUACAACCCAUCCCUCAAGAGCCGCACUUCCAUCUCCAGAGAUGCGUUCAAGAACCAGUUCUCCCUGCAGCUGAGCUCCGCUACCACCGAGGACACAGCCGUGUAUUACUGUGCAGGAGACACAGUGAGGGGAAGUCAGUGUGAGCCCAGACGCAAACCUCCCUGCAGGAGACAGGAGGAGCUGGGCUGCAGAGGGCUCUCAGGACCAGCAGGGGGCGCUCAGGACUCAGUGAGCACACAGAUCAGGUGCAGGAAUCAGAUGUGA